CGGGAGUCGUGACGUGACGUUUCCUUGUUUUUAACGCAGCGCGGGAGAUUCAGGAGAAGAGGACCGAGUGUGUCCACCCAAGAAACGUUCUGGUGCUUUGUCAAAAUGCCAUGUGAAAGGAAGCCGAUGCGCUACGGCCACUCUGAAGGACACACCGAGGUGUGCUUUGAUGACACUGGGAGGUUCAUUGUAACCUGCGGAAAUGACGGAGAUGUUCGGAUCUGGGAGAGUCUGGAUGAUGAUGAUCCAAAGUUUAUCACUGUCGGGGAGAAGGCUUACUCUCUGGCACUGAAGAAUGGCAAGCUGGUAACGGCGAGCUCCAACAACACCGUGCAGAUCCACACAUUUCCUGACGGCGAUCCAGAUGGCAUCUUGACCCGCUUCACCACCAAUGCCACACACGUCGCCUUCAACAGCAUUGGCUCGAGAGUUGCAGCUGGGUCCAGUGACUUCAUGGUUAAGGUGGUGGAGGUGUCAGACAGCAGUCAACAGAAAACCCUCAGGGGUCACGAGGCACCUGUCCUCAGCGUCACCUUUGACCCCAAAGAUGACUUCUUGGCCUCUGCUAGCUGUGAUGGCUCUGUGGUGGUGUGGAAUAUUGAGGAGCAGACUCAGGUGAUCAGUUGGCCUCUGCUGCAGAAGUCAAAUGACGUCACUAACGCCAAGUCUCUGUGUCGUUUGGCCUGGCAGCCCGGGAUGGGAAAGUUUUUAGCUGUUCCUGUUGAAACCAAGGUACACCUGUACGAGCGAGGCUCCUGGGACCACGUGAGCACUCUGUCCGAUGAUCUGCUCGCACAGCCCAUUAACGUGGUGUCUUGGUCUCCUUGCGAGCGUUUCCUGGCAGCUGGCUGCGUGGGGGGUUUACUUACAGUGUGGGACGUGAACAGCAAGCUGUGUGUGGAAAGGCAGAAACACGAGAAAGGCUUCACAGUGUGCAGUUUGGCCUGGCAUCCAUCAGGCAGCAAUAUUGCCUACACGGACACAGAGGGCUGCCUGGGCCUGCUGGACGGACUCGGCACCUCCACAGCUGAUAACAAUACAACCAAGCAGGUCGCUACAAAAAAUCCUGCAAAAGACUAUGAUGACCUGUUUGAUGAUGACGAUGACAGACUGAUGGAUGAAGGACUGAGUGACACAAAGUCUCCAGCUAAGAAAGCCGUUGGCUGGGACGAUGACGAUGACGAUUUCCUGGUGCCUGCGACUGGGCGGGUGAAGAACAGAGGAGCGUUCCUGGACGACGAGAACUCACUAGACACAGGAUCACUGAAGCUUGGUCAGGACAAUGACGCAGGCAGUUCUGUGGCGCCUGCAGCAGCCCCAGCGGUGCCCCUACGUCCUGUCUACGAGGGGCCCGUGCCAACUCCUCCCCAGAAAGCCUUCCAGCCGGGCUCCACCCCUGCACAUCUCACACACCGCUUCAUGAUGUGGAACUCCGUGGGUAUAGUGCGAGGCUACAACGACGAGCAGGACAACGCCAUCGAUGUGGAGUUUCACGACACGGCCGUGCACCACGCCAUGCACCUCACCAACUCACUGGGUCACACCGUGGCUGAUCUGUCCCAGGAGGCCGUGCUGCUGGCCUGCCCCAGCACAGAAGAGCUCGCUAGUAAGCUGCAGUGCCUUCACUUCUCCUCGUGGGACACCAAUAAGGAGUGGAUGGUCGACCUUCCUAAAGGGGAGGACGUGAGGGCGCUUUGUCUGGGUCAAGGCUGGGCAGCAGUCGCCACCAGCACGCUGAUGAUCAGGCUCUUCUCCAUCGGAGGAGUACAGAGAGAAUUGUUCAGCCUGCCAGGGCCUGUGGUCUGCAUGGCAGGACAUGGAGAGCAGCUGCUCGUCGUCUACCAUCGGGCUACAGGUUUCGAUGGAGAACAGGCUCUGGGUGUCCAGCUGUUGCAGUUCAGUCGAAAGAGGAGGCAACUCAUCAGUGGCGAACCCCUCCCCCUCUCUCAAAAAUCGUACUUGUCUUGGCUCGGCUUCACAGCCGAGGGUACCCCGUGCUAUGUGGAUUCAGACGGCGUGGUGCGAAUGCUGAACCGCUCCCUGGGCAACACAUGGACUCCAGUGUGCAACACCAGAGAGACCUGCAAGAGCAAAUCAGAUCACUACUGGGUGGUUGGAGUGCACGAGAACCCUCAGCAGCUCAGGUGUAUUCCAUGUAAAGGCUCCAGGUAUCCUCCCACCCUGCCCAGACCGGCCGUGGCCAUCCUACCCUUCAAGCUGCCCCUGUGUCAGACCACAACAGAGAAGGGGCAGAUGGAGGAGCAGUUCUGGCGUUCGGUCCUUUUCCACGACCACUACAGCUUCCUGUCCUCCAGCGGCUACGAAAUAGAUGAAGACGCUCAGAAUCAGUCCCAGAAGGAGCAGCAGGAGCUGCUCAUGAAGAUGUUUGCAUUGUCCUGCAAACUGGAGCGAGAGUUUCGCUGUGUGGAGCUGGCAGAGAUGAUGACCCAGAAUGUGGUGACUCUGGCCAUACGAUACGCAUCCCGAUCCAGACGCAUGGCCCUCGCACAGCGGCUCAGUGAGAUUGCUCUGGAGAAAUCCAACCAGAUGCAGGAAGAAGAGCAAGAGGAGCAGGAAGAGGAGCCUGAAUACUCCAGCACGAGACGGGGCUCUGGGUAUGGCCACACCGAUGUCACAGCGGGAGGACGUUACAGCAGAAGACAGAAUCAGCAGGAGGAGCAAGAGGAUGAGGAGGAAAGAGGAGAAGAGCUCAUGGAGGAAGAGGACAGACAGGAGAUGGAGCCGGAAGAGGCGACAGAAACAAAAAAACGUGUGAACCCGUUUGCUAAAGAAGCCGGCUCACCCAUCAAGCCGUCUCCGACACCAAUUGGUAAAAUGGGACGUGCAAAUCCUUUUAAGGUUCCUGGUUCGGGGAAAAUGUCAGCUUCAUCCAGUCAGCCGCGAGUAACAAACAUCCUGGACAACAUGACGUCCAGCAAGAAGUCAGCUCAGCUCAGCAGCUCUGGGGGGAAACCCAGCAAAAGUCCCAUCCUCAAACCUCUGGCCCCCAAGCCAAAAACCAAGACUCAGUCUACUCUGCUGCAGAUGGCUGCCACAAAGACAGCUAAUAAGAAGGUUCAGGAGAACACAGAGCCAGCUGCAAAUCUGCAGAAACGACCAGACACCCCGCCUCCAGGACCACCUGCAGAAAACUCUGAGAACAAGAGGCCAAAGACAGGCUUCCAGCUUUGGUUGGAGGAGAACAGGAAGAGUAUCCUAGCCGACAACCCUGACCUGGAAGAGACCGACGUCAUCAAGGAGGCUAUGGGACGCUUCAGGACGCUGUCGGCAGAGGAGAGACUGUCAUGGACAGAAAGAGCUAAAGGCCAGAGCGGAGACGCAGCAGAUCUGAAGAAGAGGAAAAGAGCAGAAGGAGGAGAAGGCUUGGAAAAUGAAAAUGAAAAGGCCGAAGCUGAUGAAAGUAGUGCCAAGAAGAAGAAGUCUUUGGAUACCUCUUCCAAGCUUUCACUGUUUGCGUUUAACCGAAACUAAACCUCCAGUGGACGGAGAUCACAUGUAUAUCAACAACUGCCCUCAGUGUUGGAGACGGAUGAGUGAUGUUCACUAAAAAAGUACGCUUGGUUCUUUUUUUUUUUUCUUUGUUUGUUUGUAUUUUACACUUACUGUAUUUUAACAAUUUAAUAAAUGUAAAUGUUUGUUAGUUCACAUGUUAGUCUGCGAUUUCAUUUUGUACAGCUUAUUAAUCAAUUCAAAUCAAAAGAGGAUUUCUAAGUUUGAGGGCCUACCUUACCUCUGCGUUUGAAUAUACCGACUUUAGCUCUCUGUGAAGGUGCUCAGCGGUAUCCCUUUUGUGACAUAACCAGCAACAACCCUGUUAAUUUCUUGCUGAGUGACAGCUUAGGCAAACUGAAAGCAAACUAUUGCUACAUUUAAAGCUUCCCUAAGCAUUGGGGGUUUAUGAUGAAAUCUAAAGUGGCGUUCUUCUGGGUUUUGUUUUUUGUUUCUUUUUGCUUUUUCCAUGAAGACAUAAUGAAAAUACUUUCAAG